AUCAUUUGUUAACUGAGCUUUGCAACAGGGAGUCCCUCACAGACCUCAGAAACUUCUCAGCAAAUGGAAACUGAAAUAAUAGGAAGUAAACACAUUUUAGAUGAGAACCCGGAACACCCACAUCAGCUCUGCCCUGGAGCUGGUCCAGUCUAUGGAAAGAAGUAGCCCAGAGCUGGAAAUUACCUGGUGGGCACUGAUGGCAGGCCCCAUCUGGGCACUUCACACUCAGGACCUCACCCAUUCUCACAGCACCCUUUAUUCCAAGUGAGGAAAUGGAGGCAUGCAGAGGUCAGCCACCAUGCCUCAGGGCAGACCCAUGGUGUGAACUAUAGGGGAGCAGCUUGGCCUGACCUUCCCCAUUAUCUCUAAGGCAGUUCUGGAACCGGAAUGCACACCUUCAAGGGGUCUUAGAGGCACAGCAAGGGGUUAAGACAUGUACCUGUUCAACAGCAAAACACUUUUAAAAGAAUAAAUUUUCCAGAUGCUUGGCCUCCAGGUGAUCUCUUUCCUCCAGUUGACCCGCCUGCAUGAAACCAUCACACAGAUCUCCUUCCCUACUGGCUCCUUUCAUCCCCCCUCUGCCUCUUCGCCCAGGACGGACUCCCUGUUGCAAAGCUUAGUUAACAAAUGAUACCUAUCUCUACCCCCUAAUACCCAGAGAUGCCACCCAUCUCACCCAGAACUGUUUUACCUCCAGGAUGCUAGAAGGAGAUGCCAACUAAAAUGAUUAGUGUCCUCAAAUCGUCAUUUAAUCAAGGCCCCAAGGGCCAUCUGUUCUCAUUAAGAGAUGCAUUUCCAAUACAAUCUUAUUGUAUUAUUAUCAAACUCUGUGAAAGGUUUGUUGUACAAAUAAUAUAUUUUGUGCUACUAACAAUUUUGAAAUUUGUACUAAUUUAUAUGGAAGUUCAAUACAGAAGAAAAAAAUUCAACUUAUGAUCACAGGAAAUGUGUAAAAAUUGUUUCAAAUAAUUUACUCUUUUUUUUUUGGCAGAGACUUAUGUAUGAUCAAUGAAAGAUUUUCAGGCAUAAAAACAUAUUAGGAUAAAUUCUGUAGGGAGAGUAGAAUGGAAAUAUAAUUUCCGACUGUUAAGGUCUUGUCACAUUUUUAAAAGGAAAAAUGGUGAGGUAUAUAACUAGUGUUGUCAAAGAGUUAGUCGCCUGGCCGUGUCCAACUCUCUGCGACUCCAUGGACUGUACCCCACCAGGCUUCUCUGUCCAUGGGGUUCUCCAGGCAAGAACACUGAGUGGGUAGCCAUUUCCUUCUCUAGGGGAUCUUCCUGACCCAGGGAUCAAACCCUGGUCUCCUUUGUUGUAGGCAGAUUCUUUACCAUCUGAGCCACCAGGGAAAGAGUUAUAUAGAUAGCUUUGUUUUUUAAAAGUAAGUAUAUAUAAUACACUAGAUAUUUUGUCCUUUGCAACUAUUUAAAAUUACAAUGAAAAAUUCUGUGUCAGCUCAAAAAUGUGUGAGUGCUUCUGGAGGUCUUCCAAAUAUAGAGUCCCUAAGCACAUGCUAUGUCAAGGGAUGGGCAGUGGAAUCUGGAAGGAUCCAUCUUGGGCAGUUUGCAGAUGAUGGUACGAGGACCAAGGAGGGUUAGUUUAUUUUCUCAAAGUCACAGAGCUGGGCCAGAACCCAGGUACCCUUUCUUGCUCAUUCCUUUCACUACUUCAUGAGCCUCCACAAAGGUAACCCCUGAAAUCCCAUUUCUCAAAUCUCAUUUUGAGAAAUGAGAAGACAAAUAAGGAUUUCACAAGAGUUGCUGAAUGAAUAACAGGGACUUCCCUUGGGUAAGUUGCUCACCACCCUAUGGCUCCAGCCUCAGUGGUCAGGCUCGGAGGCCACUUUCUAUGUGUGGCCAAGCCCUAAGGUAAUUGAGGGGCACAACCCCAAGGAUUUGAUGGACUCCAGACGGGAUUUUCCUCCUAGGGUCUCCUCCACCCCCUAUCAGGUGGGAGUGAACUUGAUCUUUGGGGCUCUUGAGAGUCCAACCUCUGUGGGGUGGGGGUGACUUUGGCUGACCAAAUAGGGACAAACAGACCCAAGCAAGCUGUGGACAAAAGCAGCCCUGAACUACAGGAGUGACCCUGAAACAUGAACAUAGUUCGAGCUAGAGACAUAGGACCUAAAGUCAAGGGACACAGGACUAAGAGGGAAGGAAUAAGGCCGUUGUCAGGAAACACACCCAAAGUGAGAACCCUGCUGAUGUGGCAACCCUCAGCCCCGGCCCCUCGCUGCCCCCCGCCCCUCUCCCCCGCCUGCCAGCUGCCAACAGGGCUCUGCCCUGUGUCUGCCACACCUGUCACUGCCUGUCCUUGUCCAGGGGGGGCCCCAUCAGCCCCUCCUCAGCUGCUCAGCAGAGCAAGCGGUUAGCGGGGAGGGGAGGGAACAUGGAGCGGGGGCCGGUGGUGGGGGCAGGGCGGGGGGCCGGGGCCCGGAUUCGGGCCCUGCUGGGCGGCCUGGUCAGGGUGCUGCUCUGGGUGGCCUCUGCCUUGCUGUACUUUGGAAGCGAACAGGCUGCCCGCCUCCUGGGCAGCCCCUGUUUACGGCGCCUCUACCAUGCCUGGUUGGCAGCAGUGGUCAUCUUCGGGCCCCUUCUGCAGUUCCACGUCAACCCUCGGACCAUCUUCGCCAGCCAUGGCAACUUCUUCAACAUAAAGUUUGUGAAUUCGGCCUGGGGCUGGACCUGCACCUUCCUGGGGGGCUUUGUGCUGCUGGUGGUCUUCCUGGCUACAAGGCGCGUGGCAGUGACUGCCCGGCACCUGAGCCGGCUGGUGGUGGGUGCAGCCGUGUGGCGGGGGGCCGGCCGGGCCUUCCUGCUCAUCGAGGACCUGACCGGCUCCUGCUUUGAGCCUCUGCCCCAGGGCCUGCUGCUCCACGAGCUGCCGGAUCGCCGCAGCUGCCUGGCGGCCGGCCACCAGUGGCGGGGCUACACGGUCUCCUCCCACACCUUCCUGCUCACCUUCUGCUGCCUGCUCAUGGCUGAGGAAGCAGCAGUGUUCGCCAAGUAUCUGGCCCAUGGGCUGCCUGCCGGCGCACCUCUGCGCCUUGUCUUCCUGCUCAACGUGCUGCUGCUGGGCCUCUGGAACUUCUUGCUGCUCUGCACCGUCAUCUAUUUCCACCAGUAUACUCACAAGGUGGUGGGGGCCGCCGUGGGUACCUUUGCCUGGUACCUCACCUAUGGCAGCUGGUAUCAUCAGCCCUGGUCUCCAGGCAGCCCCGGCCAUGGGCUCUUCCCUCGUCCCCACUCCAGCCACAAGCAUAACUGAAAGGAAUAAAGUCACAUCAGACCUA